GGAAAGGUGGUCGCAAGGAUGUAAAGUUUUUCAAACAAAACACCUCUACAUAUAUGGAAUGGAAACCAAGAUUGCUUUUAUAUCGAUUGCCGCCUCCUCCUCCUCCUCCUCCUCCUCCUCCUCCCUUUCCCGUCUCUUUUUGCUCUCCGAUUCUUCUUCCUCCGCUUCGCUGCUGCCAGUUUCUUGCGGUUCCUCGUUCGAUCCUCCCUCUUCUGCCGCUGUUCGCCGUUCCGUCUUCCGCCAGGUUUGAAAGAUAAAAGAAAGGCUGUUGGAAUGAGCUUUCAAAGUAGAAAUGAUCUACAGGAAUGGAGUGCAAGAGUUGUUGAGCGAGGAACAGUAAUGGACUUCGACCUAAAUUGCCCACCUCCAGAUGAGUGCAUUGAUCCAACUGGUCCUCAUCAGGAAGCAACACAGUACUACAAUCAUUACCAAGGACAAGCUAUGGACAAUCCCGAGUUUGUCGACGAGGACAUUGCUAUAAUCUCCCCUAGGAAAUUUGCUGAGGCCAGGAAGAACUUUCGACGAAACCACUUUGAGAGUAGCUGUGGUGUUGCCAUUAGACGUAAUGGUGCCUUCUCAGAUUUAACGAGUUUGGCCCCUUUUACAAUUUGGCCGCCCCUUACAGACCGCAAUAACGUAUCUAUACAAGAACAAACGAUUCACAACUUGGACCUUUGCUUAAGCUGCGAAAGCAGUAGUAAAGCCACAAAGGCAACAAUUGACACAGACAUCCCUUCUGCACUUGCACAAACUAGCAGCAGCCUCCCACCUGCAGCAGCCUCGGGUUUGCGGUGCGCGAUCUGCAUAGAAGCAUUGGUUGAAGAAACAACAACCAAAUGCGGGCACGUUUUCUGCAAGAGUUGCAUCGAAACAGCCAUCGCUACCCAGCACAGAUGUCCUAUAUGUCGGCGUAAGCUUCGAAAACGAGAUAUUAUCCGAAUUUAUCUACCGUUUUGAACAUGAAAAAUAUGAAUACAAAUAAAAGAAUAUUGCAUCUGUAUUCUUUUUCUGAUGACGAACUAGGCUUGUACUACUUGCACACAGUUGCAUUAACAACAAGUAUAGAUUUCUUCAUUUCUUUGUUCUUCUUCUUCUUCUUCUUCUUCUUCUUAUUCGUCAUCUGUUGUAUUGAAUCAAAACUACAAACAAAAAUUUAAAAAUCUCUUUGGUGAGGUGUUUGUUUGUUUGUUUGUA